CUCCAUGCCCCCUCCCAUAUUCUGCACUCACCCUGUCGUGCCCCGUCGUCUCAUCUGCUCCAAAAUUACCCGCCCCCUUCGCCCCCUUUUUCUCGUCGGAAAUUGCGGCUGCGCCCUUUUUCGUCCCCUCCACUUCCAGAUGCUCUACCCCGUCCGCUUGGGCCGGCUUUUCAGCUGAAUUUUUUUCUCCUUUUUGCUUGAAUCUAGCGAAAUGAUUCAUAUUUUUUGUGCCUCCAGCCGCUACCGCCAGAGAAUUCGUUUAUCGGGGGCCUCGCUUUGCCUGCUGGUCUUCUAGGGUAUCUACUCUUUACCUCUCGACUUUCUUCGACCAAAGAAGUCUUGACUCCCCAAACCCCCAAAACAGGCUCCAACAAAGGCUGAUUACGCGUUACGCCUUAUGCCUACCCCUCUCUUCCCCCUUUCCCGCGGUUUCCUGUCUUGCACCUUCGUUUUCGUCCCAGCCAUGCUGAUCCCGCGCGUUGUGGCAUGCGGUGGGAUUGUAUGGAUGACGACAAGAAAAGGGCCUCGGAGAAACAUAUCCAAUGGCAUAAAUGCCUCAUCCAUGACUCCGCUGGCUGUCCUCCCAUCAUCGCCGCUGCCCUCAAUCACAUUCGUGGAAUCUUCCUUUGCCCGACUAGUGGCCGAUUGGUCCUCGAUUAUCCGGUCUCCUGCGCCCCGUGAUAGAUGUUUGUGGAAAGCAUGACGUUGCAAGCAUGGCUAUUUGCUGUUGCGGUGUUUCCUGUGGAAUAUUCGCUGAUCUCCGAGGCUGACAUGGGCUUCGCCGAAUCCGCGCCGUGCAUCCAGCAUUUACUCUUUCCGGACAAUGCCCCAAUAAUCCCUUGGAAUGGCCGAUUGCACUGGAGGAAUACAGCGUACCAUUUCAAGAUCCAAGGCGCGCGAGCAGGAGAGCAGGAUCGGGCUCCUCCGCAUUGGUUCAGCUUUCGGGGGUGUUGUUCUUCUCUUCGUUAGAAUGAGGACCUGGGAAUUGAGUCGUCGCCUGAUCUGCGGGUUGUAAAUACCCUCGUCCGUCUCAAGUUUAAAAGCAACGCAGACAGCAUCAUCAGUUUCCUUAACAUCACACUUUACUUCCCACUUUGCUCGUUUGCCAGGAUGGAUCGCCAAGUUUCUUACAAUGGCCCUUUGUCUUCCCCUCCUUUGCCCUGCAAUUUCCCAGCUUCACGUCCCUCGACCUUGAUGGAUCAUCCAUUGCCCCCGAAACCUCCCAUUUCCAUGCACUUCCAUGCCUACACUAGCCCUGCCCGCAAGCCUGUAACCACACUGCGAGACAUGGCGGCACAGCACGUUGACCAUGGCAAAUCCAUCCUUGUGAACAACGAUCGAGAAAGGCCCUUUGAGCACCAUCACGUAACUGCAUCUUCCUUUGGGGUGUUUAGCGGCCCUCACAUAGAGAGCGUCAUCUGUCCAUCCAGUGAAGAAAAUGACUGUGACAAGACAAGCAACAUCGACGGCGACGACUUGCCCCAUCCCGACAAAUUAUUCUCUUGGAUAUGGAACAAUGGGAGCUGUGAGAGCUGUGAGGCUUCAGUGGCCCUCAGAAGGGAUGACAGGCCGUGCCUCGACAAAACAAGUUCAACUACAUUCGAAGUUCGUGGGAUAGGCCUGUCCUGCGAGAGUCACCCCGGUGAUGCCGAUGAUGGCCGAAAUAAUGAUAUUCGCGACACGAAGCAUCUCUCUGAGGGAAGCGACGGUGGCUUGUCCGAUACUUUGAGACCGAAGGGCCUUCUCACUUUCUGCCAGUUGGUUGAAGAAUCGCAGACCACUUUCUCUGGAUCCAGAGGCCCCCGGCCUGUGACUGAGACUACCGUGUGUAGCCCAUCUAAAAUCUCCCGAUCAAAGCGUCACAGUCGAAAGAAGCCAGCGUGCACCGUGUUGGGGUACGCUGAACUUGCCGCAGGCGGGGGCCCUCGAACAAGGGCAAGGGCAAGGGCAAGAGCAGGAGCAUCUCGUUCAUUCCUUAGCAGCAAGCGGGCCCGUCCUUAUUCAGAUGCCGAAGACGAGCUUCUCCGUGAAUUGGUACACAGAAAGCUUCAAUGGGAACAGAUCGAGGAGGAAUUCGGUCGGAGGUUUGCUGGAAGGGAUCGGAAAUCACUGCAAGGGCGUUGGUCGAGAAAUCUGAAGUUUGUAACCCGAUCAGCGAAGUGCUUGACAAAACUCAGAGGGAGGAGGGAUGGAGCGAGCUUAGCCAGUAACGACCUCCUCACCACCAAACCAACACGUGCGAUACUCACCUAACCGGCCACAAGUCAAUCAAAGGACGUAGAUAUACCAGGCUGAGUGGGAGGACUUGAGAAGAACGAUCUUGUAUCUACCCUAGUGGAUUUAGAUGUGUUAGUAAUAGAAUUGUCAAAUUCAGACAACCCC